AUGGCACAUCCCAAAGUCGUACCAGCUCUUCUCACAGGAACAGGAAAGGUUAUUCAUCCGCCACAGAAUGAAGAAGAGACUACUACCUUGGUAGAAGAACUCUGUCCUACUGUCGAGAGCGCAAAUGAUGCCACUUAUCGUACGGAAGGCAAGGUUUCCAAAGCUAAGAUUAUCUUCACUUCAAAAGACAAACCGAUGCUGAGAGCUGGAAAAGGAUCCGUCCAGCGGAAAUUUACAGUUGUGGAAUUUCGGCGGGAGCUGGAUGCCCUGUAUGAACAUGAAUGA